AUGGCAGAUGUUGAUGAUACAGCUUCCGGUCCGGUCUCUGAACCUCUUGAUUUGGUUCGACUCUGCCUUGAUGAGGUUGUUUUUGUCAAGCUGAGAGGUGACCGAGAACUCAAGGGACGAUUACAUGCAUACGACAGUCAUUGUAAUCUAGUCCUGGGCGAUGUGCAGGAGACGGUCUACGUGGUAGAGGAGGACGACGAUGGGGAGGAAACGGUCAAGGUUGGUUCCAUGAGUCUAUGGCUCUAUUCCUGUGUUAAUUGGCAACUGCAGACGAUAAACAAAAAGUCGGAAAUGUUAUUUGUUCGGGGCGAUAGUGUUGUCCUCAUCUCGCCGCAAGGCUCAUUAUAA